AUGUCAUCAGAUAUUUGCAACUUUUAUUCAGGUAAAACUAUAUUUAUUACCGGAGCCACUGGUUAUCUGGGUAAAGCAGUGGUCUGGAAAUACCUGAACGAAUGCCAUGGAAUCGACAGAAUCUAUAUUCUUAUGCGUGAGAAGAAGGGAAAGACAGCUAAACAGCGGUCAGACGACUACACAUCUGACCCAAUCUUUGAAGUAAACGGUUUGCGAGAAUCGGGAAAAUGCGAGAAAAUUGUACCCAUAUUUGGCGACACUCUGGACCCGGGUUGGGGCAUCAGCCUCGAGGACAGGCAGCUUAUCAUCGAAAACGUGAAUAUCGUAAUACAUUUGGCGGCGAUCGUCAAACUGAACCCUCCCUUACGUUACGCCGUUCAGCGCAAUGUGAAGCCAAUGAUAGCCUUAAUUGAGCAGCUUAUCAUCGAAAACGUGAAUAUCGUAAUACAUUUGGCGGCGAUCGUCAAACUGAACCCUCCCUUACGUUACGCCGUUCAGCGCAAUGUGAAGCCAAUGAUAGCCUUAAUUGAGUUAUGCUAUCAAAUCAAACGACUCGACUGUUUGGUGUACUCGUCAACCACUGCUAUACUGAACGGCACCGACAAUACCAAUGAGAGGGUUCACCAAAACCUAACCGUCUCUCCGGAGUAUGUACUCAAAGCAUGCGAUACUCUAUCGGACGAAGUGUUGAGACGAAUGAAGAAAUUUUUCUUUUUUGAAUUCAAUAACACUUAUUGCAUAUCAAAAGCAUUGGCCGAACAGCUAUUGCUUCAGGAGAGCAGUCGUCUCAAUACAGUGAUCGUCAGGCCGUCGGCCAUAUUGGCGGCCUAUAAGGAGCCCAUUCCCGGGUGGGUUCAGGGUCUACAGGGCACCACAUCGGCCGCAGUGGCCGUCGGUUUGGGACUUAUGAAAGUGUUUCCGUCCAAAAAACUGGGCGCACACUGUGUCAUACCCGUAGACUUUGUCGCCAAUGGCCUUAUAGCUAGCAUUUGGUCGCAUUGUAAACAGAGUGAACCACAUAUGAAAGUAUACCACUUGACCACCAAGACCAAUUUAUCCCCUCCAAUGAGGUUUAUAAUGAAUGCCAUUAAGAGAAGCGCUGUUAAGUAUCCGUCCAAAAAGGUGGUCCGACCCCCUCGGCUCGUGUUUCUACAAAAUAGACUGAAACUACAGUUUGAAGUCUAUGUCAAGCACUGGAUCUUUGCCUAUUUGCUUCACUUUAUCGCCAAACUAACCGGAAUUCAGACACAUAUCGUGAAAAUCACAGAUAAAAGGGAUCGACAGGUGUUUUACUUUGAUAUCAGGGAUAUUAAGUGGAAUACAUACAUGGAGAAUAUGUGGUUGGGCUGCAAAAGGUUUAUACUGAAGGAAAAGGAUGAAGAGAUUUCAAAAGCUAAGAAGAUUUACAAAAGUGAUAAAUUGGAGCCAAUUUUGGCAAAACUUGAAAACGAUGAUAGGAUUUCAGACGAUUGUCUCAAAUCAAUACACUAUACCAUCGAUGAAGGGCUUAACAUGAAGUGGUGGGCAAUUAAACUGUUUGACUCUUGGGGUCAUUUCCCGAGUGGCUUCAUGGAGGGGACGUAUGGAUCGUUAGGUGAUUUUGAUGAAUGCCUAGAUGUGGUCCCUGGCAGCGGGCUUAAGUCAUUCAACGUUAAGCGGAACUCUUACAGCUAUUUCUGGUCUGAAAUAUUUCGAGAGCGGACGGGGAGUUCCCUUUGGGCUCUAUAUGUUUGGUCGACUCUUUCGCGUAUGGACCCGAGUCCCGGCCGCAUAUUCAUGAUAAUAUCGCUUUGUGCAUCAUCGACCUGGUUUAUAUCGGCUGAGAUGCAACUCUAUGUCCUAGCAUAUUUCGCAAUGCUACUAUUGGCAACCAAAUUAAAUUAUGGUCUCAUCUAUUGUUUGUGUUGGAUGGUUACGGGAAUGAUAAUACCCGGUGUGCUCACCGCUUAUUAUAAUAUAGCUCCUCCUAUUAUACGUACUAUCACUGAAGGCGUAGCUAUAGAGGAAUUAAAAGCCCAUAUUAACCAUUGCUCCACUUAUUCUCAUUUGACCGAGUACUUUAUGGGAAUAAUGACCGGGUCCUGGCAGAAUGUUUAAAAUAUUUACAUAUUUAUCGAGCAAACGAUUGAGUAAGUUAUGUUUUGGGGCCACCAUGGUUAACGUCGAAUUUAUUAGGUUUCAAUUAAUCACUGAAAGAGUCCACGUUAACAAAGUUCUCAAUUUGUUUGUGAUUGUCAAUGUAAUUGGUUAUGUAGUUUUAUCACUGAUCGCUGGCUUUGUUAUUCACAUAACCUUUGAGAAACCAUAUAAUAAUUUGUUUGUAAAUUUAAUGCAAAGUUAUAAAAGUGACAAAACAAAUAAGAAAGCAAAAUGAAACCAGUGAUUGGCAAGGGGC